AUUACACAUUUCCACAGUCAGUGAAAUGUAGCUGUAGCGUGAGAUUCAAGACUAAACACUCAGUUGGUCAAGUAAGAGGAAGGGUUGGCAGAAAGAUUGUCAGAAGAUUGUUAAAAAAGAUAAAAUGUGUCAUAUGUGUCUUCUGGAAAUGAUCAUUCUCUGUUCACUUCUAACAGGUAUGACUGUAGCUGAAGUAACUCAUGUGUUCAGGACUUUUGGUGAAAAUGUCCGUCUGCCCUGUAAUAAUGCUUUUCCUGGCUGCACAUCAACUACAUGGAACUAUAACAGACAUUCAGAGACAGUUGAACUGAUUGCUGGAGGGAAAAAGAAGAAUAACAUAGAGAGACGUGAGAGACUGAGUGUGGGGUCUGACUGCUCUCUGAACAUCAAGAAAGUCACACAAGAGGAUUAUGGGCUUUACACCUGCCGACAAUAUGUGAAUGGAAAACAAGGAACUGAUGCACGUGUUUAUCUGCAUUUUCUUCAUGUCUCUUCAUCAUCCUCACAGACUGAGAUCAGACCAGGCAGCUCUGUGACUCUCUCCUGUCAGUUGUAUUAUGAAAGAGUCUCUUGUGAUACUUUGGUCCGUACUGAUGGAAUUGAGCUGAUCUGGGUGAAUCAGGCUGGUGUUAGUGUGAUGACAGACUCCAGAUAUCAGAUAUCAUUCUCCUCAACACACUGUAUCAGCACUCUGACUACAACACUCCUGAAUGAAGAUCUCAACAGAGAGUGGAGAUGUCAGGUUACUCAGAGAAAUCAACUGAAGACCUCAGCCACAUAUACUGUCAAGUAUUCAGCUUCAAACGAGACAAAGACAACGACUCCAGUCACCAACUUAAAGACAACAACAACUGUAAAUAAACCAGUAACUUCUAGACAAUCAGAGUCAGCUACAUCAUCAGCACUGAUCCUAGCUACCACAUCAAACUCUGAGAAGAAAACAGGGCCUACAGCACCACCACCUCCAGAAAAACUAGUGAUUGUAAUGGUUGGUGUUGUUGCUGCAUUGGCUGUUCUCCUUCCUGCUGUUAUUUUUUGUGUGGUUUGUAAAAAAAGAGGGGAUAAUAGAAGAGGGACUAAUGACUUUCUGGUCACAAAUAUGAAAAAAUAUAAUGGAACCAAUGAUACAAUCAACAUUUCCAUUCAUCCUACUGCCAGCGCUAAUGAGCAGCAAGGUAAUGUGACUUAUGCUGAGGUUGUCACAUACAGUAAAAACCCAGCCAAAAAUAACAAGGUUCAUGUUGAAGAUAAAGUGACUUACGCUUCAAUCAGAGGAGCAACAGCUGGACCUCAGGAUAACUGCAGUCAACUUUAUGCCUCUGUGAACAAAAACUGUCACAAAUAAAUCAGACAGUUAUUAAUCAUACAAAGACCUCAUAAUAUCAUGAGGAGAGAAAUGCCUAUAAUUGACUUUGUUAACCUGCUGACUUGUUAAAUACCGUCUUUCAAAUGCAUGUUAACAAACAAACUCAAGUGUAGAACAGAUUUAUUUGUAGGACGUUCAGGAUUUUUAUUUCAGAGUUACUUUCUUGUUGAUCAAGAGAACCGUUUUAAAUUAUAAAUCAUUCCAAAUCUUCCGUUUCUCUUAUUUUUUGCAACUCUUCAUUCUCCAGUAGUGUUUUUAAUAGUCAUACUGUAUUACGUACUGGACAACAUCCUUAUUUGUGACUAAUGCAGAGAUGAUUGAAAGUGUUCUCAACAGAGCUGUAGAGGAAGUGCUGUGCAGUCAAAUUCUGCACUGUCAGCCGAUCAUCUUUCUGGUGACUAUGUGCUAUGUAGGGUACAACUAAAGGCACACCCUAAGAAAAAUGUACUUUUCACUACUCCUGUAGUUUUUGAUUGCAGAAUUUUUCUUCAAUGUUUUUAUUGAACUGAUGAAGCAACAGAUUUUGUGUGAGAAUAAGAGUGUGUUAUAGAGUGUUUUUUUUUUUUAAUUGUACAAAUGUAUGUGUGUGAGGGACCGGGAAGCCAAGGACAAGGUGAUAUUUAUUUUUGUUCAAUAAAUAUACUAUGGUUAAAAUGUUCAUUUUAAAAAUACACAAACAAAAUAAUAUUUAAAAAAGUAAAGAUUCUGAAACAUUGAAUGAUAUCCCAUAAUAAUUUAAAAUAGCUUUACAGUAGUAACAAUUAAUGUGAUAUAUAAUUAAUAUUUUAAAAUAUGAUGGUUUCAUUAUAAAUAUGGUGAUUAGGUGGACACCCAAGUUGAUACUGUAAUCAUAUGAUAUUUACCAUCUGAAUCUAACCAUGUCAUGUCAAAUGGAAAAGUCUGGUAUCAUGAGUUAGCCCCUCCUCCUUGGAAGAAAACAUCCGUAUGUGACCAAUCCUUCUGCAAAAAAUACAUUUCAAGCUAAAAAAAGUAAUUUUUGUCAUACUGUCCAAACUGUUUGCGUGAAGCACUUUAAAGUCAUAUUAAAUCAUAUUAUUUAAUCAGUGUUUUCUUAGCUUCUAAAAGGCAUAGCUUGCAUGUGUCAAAGCUAUUGUGUCAAGCUAACACAGCAAGUUUAUUAGGUUUUUGUCAGUGUAGGGGCAUCUCUUAUCACAACAUUGAUGUAAAACCUUGUCAUAACAUAACAAAAUUAUAAUUGUAUGUAUGUAUUAUUAUUAAGAACCCCUUUUAAUAUUCAUGUGUCUCCCCCUUCUUUAAGUAAAGUUUUAAAAUCAGA